AUGGGUAACCCAAGCGCAAAGAGAAAGAGACCAGAGGGCAUGGGCUACCGUAAGCCCAAGAAGCUCGUCAAGAAGUUCAAGAAGCAAAAGGCAUACCACUCGGACAGCGAAGACGACGACCAUGUUGAAGAAACCACCACCACAACCGACUUCCAGCCCGUCAACAUGGACGACUCGGACGAAGAGGAGAUCGAAGAUGCUCCCCCUGUCACGACAGCUCCCGACGAAGAAGAGGAAGAUGACGAUGAUGUUGAGGACCUCGAUGCGCUGGACGACGAGGACCUAGCCGACUCUGAUUUGGAAGACGACGACGAGCUCGACCUGAGCGAAGACGAAGACGGCAAGCCCAAAAAGACACGCAAGCGCAACGAUCCCACCGCCUUCGCCACAUCCAUGUCCAAGAUUCUGGGCACCAAACUAACCACCGCAAAACGACAAGAUCCCGUCCUGUCAAGAAGCGCUGCUGCAACCGCCGCUUCCAAGGAACUGGCCGACCAGAAGCUCGAGAUGAAGGCAAAGAGGAAGAUGCAUGCUGAAAAGAGAGAGGCACUGGACAAGGGCCGCGUCAAGGACGUUUUGGGGUUGAACACACCAGAGGUCAGCACGGCUGAGAUCCAAGAGACGGAGAGAAGACUGCAAAAGACUGCUCAGCGUGGUGUCGUCAAGCUUUUCAACGCUGUCCGAGCCGCUCAGGUGCAAGGAGAGAGUGCCAGAAGCGAAGCAAAGAAGGAAGGUGUGGUUGGUAUUUCGCAGAGAGAGGAGAGAGUGAGCGAGAUGACCAAGAAGGGCUUCCUCGACCUCAUUGCCACUGGAGGAAAGAAGCCUGCUGCAGUAGAGGCUUAG